GGGAAAGGAGUGGACGCUCCGCGAUGGCGACGCCGGUCCUGAAGCACUGGCGCACCACUCUGGAGCGGGUGGAGAAGUUUGUGUCGCCGCUCUACUUUACCGACUGUAACCUCCGCGGCAGGUGCGCCCCUAGCCCUGGGAGCCGACCGGCCGCAGCCGCGCGCACUCGCCUUCUCUUCCGGGGGGAAACCCAAACUGCGGCCACCGGGGCCGCGGAGCAAAGUACCCGCGGGGGCAGGGCCGGGCAGGGUCUCCAAGCAGGGGCAGGAUGUGCUGCGAAGCUGUCGGACAGCGCUCUCGGCGGUGGAUCGAGGGAACGCACGUGUCCACCCGCCGGCUGGGCGCACGGGUAGAAACGAAGUGGUCUCGAGCGCGCGCCUACCGGCCCCUCUCACCUAGGCUCUUUGGGGACAGUUGCCCUGUGGACGCGCUCUCCUCCUUCCUGACGCCUGAAAGGCUUCCCUACGAGGAGGCAAUCCAGCAGAACUUCAGCCCGGCGCAGGUCGGCGACAGCUUCGGACCUACAUGGUGGACCUGUUGGUUCCGGGUGGAGCUGACCAUCCCAGAAGCAUGGGUGGGUCAGGAGGUUCACCUUCGCUGGGAAAGCGAUGGAGAAGGCCUGGUGUGGCGCGAUGGGGAACCUGUCCAGGGUUUAACCAAAGAGGGUGAGAAGACCAGCUAUGUCCUGAAUGAGAGGCUGGGGGAGGGAGACCCCCGGAGCCUGACCCUGUAUGUGGAAGUAGCCUGCAGCGGGCUCCUGGGGGCCGGGAAGGGGAGCAUGAUCGCAGCCCCUGACCCCGAGAAGAUGUUCCAGGUGAGCCGGGCCGAGCUGGCCGUGUUUCACCAGGAUGUCCACAAGCUCCUGGUGGUUCUGGAGCUGCUGCUGGGCAUGGCCAAGGGCCUCGGGGAGGACAAUCAGCGCAGCUUCCAGGCUCUGUACACAGCCAACCAGAUGGUGAACGUGUGUGACCCUGCGCAGCCCAAGACCUUCUCAGUGGCCCAGGCCCUGGCCUGCCAGUUCUUUGGCCAACAUGGAGGUGAAAGCCAACACACCCUCCAUGCCAUGGGGCACUGCCACAUUGACACAGCCUGGCUUUGGCCCUUCGAGGAAACUGUGCGGAAAUGUGCCCGGAGCUGGGUGACCGCCGUGCAGCUCAUGGAGCGGAACCCCGAGUUCAUCUUCGUCUGCUCCCAGGCACAGCAGCUCCUGUGGGUGAAGAGCCACUACCCCGGCCUGUAUACUCGGCUCCAGGAAUUUGCCUGCUGUGGGCAGUUUGUGCCUGUGGGAGGCACCUGGGUGGAGAUGGAUGGGAACCUUCCCAGUGGAGAGGCCAUGGUGAGGCAGUUCCUACAGGGCCAGAACUUCUUUCUGCAGGAGUUUGGGAAGAUGUGCUCCGAGUUCUGGCUGCCAGACACGUUCGGCUACUCAGCACAGCUCCCCCAGAUCAUGCUUGGCUGUGGCAUCGGGCGCUUCCUGACCCAGAAGUUGAGCUGGAACCUAGUGAACUCCUUUCCGCACCAUACCUUUUUCUGGGAGGGGCUGGAUGGUUCUCGCGUGCUGACCCACUUCCCACCUGGCAACUCCUAUGGGAUGCAGGGCAGUGUGGAGGAGGUGCUGAAGACGGUGACCAACAACCGGGACAAGGGGCGGACCAACCACAGUGCCUUCCUCUUUGGCUUCGGGGAUGGGGGGGGUGGCCCCACCCAGACCAUGCUGGACCGCUUGAAGCGGCUGGGCAAUACAGACGGGCUACCCAGAGUGCAGCUGUCCUCUCCGGGGCGGCUCUUUUCGGCACUGGAGAGCACCUCGGGGCAGUUGUGCACAUGGGUCGGGGAGCUCUUCCUGGAGCUGCACAAUGGCACCUACACCAGCCAGGCCCAGAUCAAGAAGGGGAACCGGGAGUGUGAGCGGAUCCUGCACGACGUGGAGCUGCUCAGCAGCCUGGCCCUGGCCCGCAGUGCCCAGUUCCUAUACCCGGCAGCCCAGUUGCAGUGCCUUUGGAGGCUCCUGCUCCUGAACCAGUUCCACGACGUGGUCCCUGGAAGCUGCAUCCAGCUGGUAGCAGAGGAUGCCAUGUGCCACUACAAAGACAUCCGAUCCCAUGGCAAUAAACUGCUCAGCACUGCAGCCGCAGCCCUGUGUGCCGGGGAGCCAGGUCCCGAGGGCCUCCUGGUUGUCAACACGCUGCCCUGGAAGCGCACUGAAGUGCUGGCCCUGCCCAAGCCUGGCGGGGCCCACAGCCUAGCCCUGGUGACAGUGCCCAGCAUGGGCUUUGCCCCUGCCCCAGCCCCUACAUCACUGCAGCCCCUGGUGCCCCAGCAGCCAGUGUUCGUGGUGCAAGAGGUGAGUCCUGGUGGUUUCCGCUGGGGCGGGGAUGUUGUGGCUGCUCCCCCGCAGAGGGGUUCUGAGCCCGCCGGGCUGCAGCAGGUGGGGAGGCGGGGCUGCGGGUUGUUGGAAGCCCCAGCAGGCUCAGUCUCCAGGCCUCCUCCCACCAAGCCUGAUGGUUCCGUGACUCUGGACAAUGGCAUCAUCCGGGUGAGGCUGGACCCGACCGGUCGCCUGUCAUCCCUGGUCCUGGUGGCCUCCGGCAGAGAGGCCAUUGCCGAGGGCGCUGUGGGGAACCAGUUUGUGCUGUUUGACGAUGUCCCCCUGUACUGGGACGCAUGGGAUGUCAUGGACUACCACCUGGAGACACGGAGGCCGGUGCUGGGCCAGGUCAGAACCCUGGCAGUGGGCACCGAGGGCGGCUUGCGGGGCAGCGCCUGGUUCCUGCUGCAGCUCAGCCCCAACAGCCGGCUCAGCCAGGAGGUUGUGCUGGACGUUGGCUGCCCCUAUGUCCGCUUCCACACCGAGGUAGCAGGGGGCCAGGGCAGUGGGUAUCUUCCCUGGAUGCGGCUGGUGGGGAUGGGGCCAGCCCCAGGCCUGUCUCUCUCCCUUCCCUCCCCCCACCCUCUGCCCUGCCCACAGGUGCACUGGCACGAGGCCCACAAGUUCUUGAAGGUGGAGUUCCCCGCCCGUGUGCAGAGCCCCCAGGCCACCUAUGAGAUCCAGUUUGGGCACCUGCAGCGGCCCACCCACUACAACACGUCUUGGGACUGGGCCCGCUUUGAGGUGUGGACCCACCGCUGGAUGGAUCUGUCUGAGCACGGCUUUGGGCUGGCUCUGCUCAACGACUGCAAGUAUGGGGCAUCAGUGCAUGGCAACGUCCUCAGCCUCUCACUCUUGCGGGCACCUAAGGCCCCCGACGCCUUUGCUGACAUGGGGCGCCACGAGUUCACCUACGCGCUGAUGCCACACAAGGCGGCGUGGGAGAGGAUCCCCCAUUUUCUACCGUGCGCCCCUCUCCGGCCCGCGUCCCCAGGCUCCUUCCAGGAUGCUGGAGUCAUCCGCGCUGCCUACACCCUCAACUUCCCGCUGCUGGCGCUGCCCGCCCCGGGCCCCGCGCCCGCCGCCGCCUGGAGCGCGUUCUCGCUGUCCACGCCCGCGGUGGUGCUGGAGACCGUGAAGCAGGCGGAGGCCCCCGCCGAGAGCCGCACGCUGCUCCUGAGGCUGUACGAGGCCUACGGCAGCCACGUCGACUGCUGGCUGCACACGUCCCUGCUGGUUCAGGAGGCCGUCCUCUGCGACUUCCUGGAGCGGCGCGACCCUGCGGGCCAGCUGCCCCUGAGCGACGCCAGCCUGAAGCUCACCUUUUCUCCCUUCCAAGUGCGGUCCCUGCUGCUCGUGCUGCAGACGCCAUCGGACUGAGCCCCUGGGGGUGGUUUUUUGUUUGUGGCAGUUUUGGGGGCUCCUCAUUUCUGCCUUCCCAGCCUGAACCAAGGACCAGUUACCUCUGAGUCGGUGUACAAUAAAUCCUUUGAUUAGAAACCC